GAAUUUCAGCCAGGAGACAAGGUGAUUCCUCUCUACCUUCCUCAGUGUGGAGAAUGUCGCUUCUGUAAGAGCCCUAAGACAAACCAGUGUGACGUAAUUUGGACUAGAAUGGGUUCAAAAGAAAUGGCACUGGAAAAGUCCAGGUUAACCUGUAAUGGGCAGAAGCUGCGGCAGUUUAUGGGAAUCAGCACCUUCUCUGAGUACACUGUGACUCAUCAGAUGGCUGUGGCUAAGAUUGAUCCUGCUGCUCCUCUGGAUAAAGUCUGCCUCCUUGGGUGUGGGGUCUGCACUGGGUAUGGGGCAGCUGUUAAUACUGCUAAGGUUGAGCCAGGCUCCACCUGUGCUGUGUUUGGUCUGGGAGCUGUGGGUUUGGCUGCAGUCAUGGGCUGUGAGGCUGCAGGAGCCAAAAGGAUUAUUGUUGUUGACAUCAACCCAGACAAGUUUGAGAAAGCCAGGGAGUUUGGAGCUACUGACUUCGUCAAUCCCAAGGAUCACAAUAAACCCAUUAGUCAAGUGCUAAUGGAGAUGACUGGUGGAGGUGUGGACUACUCCCUGGAAUGUGUUGGUGAUGUGGAAUGCAUGCGCAGUGCUUUGGAGUCCUGUGUGAAAGGCUGGGGUGUCAGUGUGAUCGUGGGAUUGACAGACAUGCAAGACGUAACCACCAGACCUCUUCAGCUCACCUCGGGACGUACAUGGACUGGCUCAUCACUACACUGGAUUUCAAACGGUACACUGUGCAUAAAGGGAAUCAGACAUCCAUGGAUGGUUGAAAUCUGUGUUGAUAAGAGAAACUAAACACUGUUUGAAGAG